GUCGGUUCUUAAGCUUUACCGGAAAUGGAGGCGAUAGCAUAGUUAAGUGUUUGUUUGGGUCCGUAUGACGCUGUUAGCCAUCUCGACUGGAUGGGGAGAUUGCUUUGUAGCAUAACAAGUCGCCGUUUUCAAAGGUCACACUAUGGACUCUGCCGACUUGCACGCAGCCAAGCGGAGGAGGAGUGGAGGGACGACGUUGCUGGACAGCGGUGAAGAUUUUGAGGUCCUGGAUGAAGAUGACCUUGACGACGAGCCACCUCCACUGGAAGAUGCCAGGGUUGGGAAGGAGAAAGAAAAUGAUGCACAAAAGUCCGUGAAGGAAGCUGUAGAAGAGGCUGUCCCAGCGGAAGAAUCUCAGGAGUGGCUUGAUGUGCUUGGUAAUGACCAACUGAAGAAAAAGGUCCUGGAGGCUGGCCAGGGCAGAGACAGUCGUCCAGAGAAAGGACAAAAUGUGAAGAUUUGUCUGAAGACAUUCCUGAAGGAUGGGACACUGGUGGAUGAACAGCAGGUGCUCUCGUUCACGCUGGGAGAUGGUGAUGUCAUCCAGGCACUGGACCUCACAGUGCAGCUCAUGGAAAUAGGAGAGAAGGCCCUCAUCCUAACUGAUGCAAAAUAUGCGUAUGGUACACGAGGAAGUUCGGAACCAGAGGUCCCCCCUAAUGCUGAGCUGUCCCUUGAGGUAGAACUGAUGGAAGCCACUGAUGCACCAGACCUAGAGCUGUUGGCUCCGAUAGAAAAAAUAGCCCUGGCCAGCCGUAAGAGAGAAAGAGGCAACGUGCAUUAUCAGCGGGGUGACUACGCUUUUGCUGUCAACUCUUACAGCAUCGCCCUGCAGAUUACGGAGUCCAGCUCUAAAGUCGAUAUAAGCCCAGAGGAGGAAAACGAGCUGGUUGACGUGAAAGUGAAGUGUCUGAACAACAUGGCCGCCUCGCAGCUCAAACUGGAUCACUAUGAGGCGGCUUUCAAAUCGUGCGUCUCAGCCCUCGCUCACCAGCCAGAUAACAUCAAAGCGCUUUUCCGCAUGGGCAAGGUGCUGGCCUUGCAAGGCGAAUACGCAGAAGCCAUUCAGACUCUGAGAAAGGCACUGAAGCUGGAACCAAGCAACAAGACAAUCCAUGCAGAGCUGUCCAAACUGGUGAAGAAACACUCUGAACAGAGAGGAGCAGAGCAGGCCAUGUAUAAGAAGAUGCUGGGGAACCCCACGAGUAGCAUCCCACAGAAAUGCUGGGCCAAAUCGUCAUGGGGUCUUAGCUGGAAGUGGUUAUUUGGCGCCACUGCGGUCGCCAUCGGCGGUGUGGCGCUAUCAGUGGUCAUGGCUGCCAGAAAUUGAAGCGAUCGAACCAAGAUGCACAUCUGGCAGCAGUGCCUUCUGACCUUUUUGGGUAAAAGUGGGGGCGGACAUGUCAUUCCGUUGCCUCUUCACGUUCCUGACUGUUCUGUUCUGCUUACUGGCAGCUUGGUUCAUGCAUAUUGUUCAUACACACUUAGACUAUUUUUUUGUCUUCACUACUUGAAAGUAGGGCUGCAAUAUUCUGGGAAAAAAUGACAAUCCUAAUUUGUCUUUUUGACGAUUCCAAUUCUUUUGGACAAUUUCGCACACGUUAUCUUAAUUAUUAGACUCCUUACUGCUUUAAAAAAAAACAUGGUCUUUCUUUGGUUUUUUAUACAAGGUCCCUGUCCUUCCAAAACCUUUUAAUAGAAAUGAAAACAAUAAGCCAACAUAAUUAUUUCGGGAGCUGAUUGAUGAUAGAACCAGGGCAGCAGAGCCAACCUGCCCUGGCCGGCAGUGCUCGCUGGAGAACAUGUGGGCUGACAGGGCUGCGAGUCCUUGAGUAAAAUAACUUUUUGUGAUACAGAUUCAGUUUUUUUUUUGUUUUUUUUUCCGUCAAUUAGAAAUUAAAUAUUGUGUUAGUGUGUAUCCCUGUCAUGAUUUGUUUCGCAACAAUUGUUUUUUUUUUGUGCAGCGUUGAAUGCAUCGCUGAAAGCUAGGUGUGGGCUCAAUGUUAAAAGACAAUUGACUUAGGCUGCAGUGACCCCCCCCCCCCCGUGACCCCGAAAGGGAUAAGCGGUAGAAAAUGAAUGGAUGGAUGGACUUUGUAGUGGUUGUUCCACAUUUGAUCAUUCCAAGUACAUGUAGUGAUAGUAGUAGUAAUCACCAUGACGACAAGGGUGGAGUACGGCUACAUUGAGGUUUGACACUGCAGAAAGAAAUAAUUAUUUUUUUACAUUCCCGUCACUUAUUACCUCAGGUUUAUGUCGAUUGUGACCAAAUGUUGAAAAAGUCUAGUAUGGAUGGUGUUUUUUUUUUCUUCUUUUAAACUAUUACUUUGGUUGUUAAUUUAAUUCCAGCUACAUAGCUUGUUGUGUUGCAGUUAUGCACCCCUGCUUGAAUGAGAGUCCUAAUAGAUCUAGUGGUCAUUGCAACUAAGAUUCGCUGUGUAUUUAUUUGAUUUUCACCUGAAUAAAAGUUUAUCUGUCAUCA